AUGGUAAGUUGGAAAAUUGGCUUCCUGUUUGGCUUAUUUCAGGUUUUCGAAUUGCUGUUCUGGGAGCGUCUGAGCUCUGGAAAGGAUUUGGCAGAAUUUUCGAGAUUUAAAGGUCACGGGAAAUUGGCUGCUAACAGAUCGGUUGAAUAGACGACCCGACCCACUGUCACCAUCCACGGAGCCGAUGGCGCUCCUUGCGGAAGCACCGCUACUCUUCCCAGCGUUUUCAAGGCACCCAUUCGUCCCGAUAUCGUCCAGAAGGUUCACACCGGUAUGGCCAAGAACAAGAGGCAGCCGUAUGCCGUGAGCGAGAAGGCCGGUCAUCAAACUUCUGCUGAAUCUUGGGGAACAGGUUAGUUAUCCUGAUGGAUUUAUUGAGAAAUGUGUGGGGUCGGGUUGAUGGUGGGAUGGGCUUUUAUCGUGCAGAUUCAGAUUCAUUCUGAAUCUGGCCUAUCCUCUGCGUGGGCCAAAUGAAUGUGGGUUAACAAUAUGGGGUUAUAGGUCGCGCUGUUGCCCGUAUUCCCCGUGUCUCUGGUGGUGGUACCCACCGUGCUGGUCAAGCAGCUUUCGGUAAUCAGUGCCGUUCGGGCCGUAUGUUCGCUCCUACAAAGGUCUGGCGCAGAUGGCACGUCAAGAUCAACCUUGGACAGAAGCGUUUCGCUACCGCCUCCGCCUUGGCUGCUUCCGCCACUGCUCCUCUUGUCCAGGCCCGUGGUCACCGUAUUUCUACCGUGCCCGAGCUUCCUUUGGUUAUCGCCGACUCUGCUUUCUCAACAAUGAACAAGACCCGUACUGCCGUCGAGCUCCUCAAGUCUGUCGGUGCUUACCAGGAUGUCAUCAAGGCCUCCAAGUCACGCAAGAUUCGUGCUGGUAAGGGCAAGUUGAGAGGCCGCCGUCACCGCCAGCGCCGCGGACCCCUCGUCAUCAUCAACCCCGCGGACGAGAACGCCCAAUCUGUUGUCAAGUCGUUUCGCAAUAUCCCUGGCGUCGAGACCGCCUCAGUAACCUCUCUCAACCUCCUCCAGCUUGCUCCUGGCGGCCAUCUCGGGCGUUUCGUUGUCUGGACCGAGUCUGCCUUCAACGCUCUCAAUACCGUUUAUGGCACCACUGUAGCGCCCUCAGAAUUGAAGAGGGACUACCUUCUCCCCUCAAACAUUGUCUCCAAUGCCGACAUCGGCCGCCUCAUCAACUCUGCCGAAGUCCAAGCCGUCGUCAGGCCCGCCAAAGGAGGACCGAGACAGAAGAAGGGAGGAAAGGCCGGCGUCCUCAAGAAGAACCCUCUUAGAAACAGACAAGUACUUCUCAGACUCAACCCAUACGCCAAAGCCUUUUCGGAGCAGAAGUUGGGCUGUGUCAAGCAGGAGAAGGUCAAGGAGCGACCAGGACAGAGCGAGACUUUCAAGACCAUCAUUAAUACUGACUGAAUUGUUGGAUUUGCGUCGUGAUUGUUUCCUUAUGUCUCUCUUAUUCCUUUUCUACUACUCCUUUCUUCUGUUUUAAAAUAAAUAAAUGCUGUCUGGGGCUCGGUAUUUUUUUUUUCUGAUCAAAAAAAAUGCUUGAUUCGGAGCAUUGAAGAAACCGUUCGGAUAUAUAUCAUAUUUCAUGCCCCAAUAUGACCGGAAACGGAGUGUGACCGAUAUUACCCUCUCCCUAUCAUAGACCAUGGCUUAUCCUGAUGGGAAAAAAAACGAAUGCGCACCC